GGAUUGGCAAAAUUUCUUACCAAUUUGUUACUUAUAUCCGAGGAGGGUCAUAGAGAAUGAAAAUUCUUAUAUGUAUUCAGUUCACUGUAGAUAUGAGUUUCAUGUGAUAUUUUUUAUGGUCAUCCCCACUUUUAUGUGGAAUGGUACAAAAGUCUUUCCCAAAAAAAAAAGAGUGACCUUUGGUGGCAAAACUAGUUGCAAAAUUGUAAUGGACCCCCAGGACACAGCCGCAUCUUGCUAGGACAGCCAGCCAGCGCAACUUGGUUUUAAAAAUUUCCCAUUAAUGAGGAUGGAUAAGACAAUCGAAAAACCAUUGUUAAAACCGUGUGCAUUGAUGGGUACCAACAGAUUUGAUCACUCCCACUUGAUAUUUAACUUCUGCAUCAGCUGUUUCAGAAGUAAACUCAGUUCUUUCUCACCUCCACUUCCGCAAUAUCCAUAUUUUUUUCUCAUUUUUUGGAGUUACAGAAAUGGCGACGCCAACUGCUUCUCCAGAUGAAUCCUCAGCUCUAGAGUGUAUUAGACAGCAUCUUCUUGGAGACUUCACUUCCACUGAAGUCUUUUUCACUGAUCUUGACUCCCAUAUCUCCACUCACUCUCACAUACUCCGACCCAUCAAACUUGAGAACUACGAUUUUUUAUCCGCCUCAGAAUCCAACUCCCCUGUAUCUGGCCACAUUGGGACCUGCAAUUUCCAACCGAAAAUUGAACUUGUCGACUUAACAUCUCCGGAGCCUCCUGCUUCGCUUAAGCAUUCUCCACCAGAAGAACCUCUGUCGGACCCCAAGCCUACUGAUGAAGAAGAGAGCAAGCAUUAUAGAGGGGUACGAAGAAGACCUUGGGGGAAAUUUGCGGCGGAGAUACGUGACCCCAACCGGAAGGGGAGUCGGGUUUGGUUAGGAACAUUUGAUAGUGAUGUAGAUGCUGCAAAAGCUUAUGACUUUGCUGCAUUCAGAUUGAGAGGCAGAAAGGCCAUCCUGAAUUUUCCUUUGGAGGCUGGACGGGCUGAUCCUCCAGCGAAAGCCGGUCGGAAGAGAAGGACAGUAGAUAGAGCGGAAGUGACGCAGGAUUCCGGUGAAUUGUCAUCGGUAGAUUGGAAUUUGGAUUGAAGGAUAAGGGAAGUUUGAGGAGCAAGUGUCAUCGUUAUCAACAAAACCGAUUGCUGAAGUGUUAACAAAUGAUCGGUGAAAGUGUAGAGUUGUAACAUUAACGAUGAUUGAUCAGAACUAUGAAGAAUCUAUCACUACCAAUGAUUAUCCACAAAUACAUACAUUCAGUGUUACAUUGUAAAAUUUUUGGAAACCUUCCAUUCCCUUGUUUUGUAAUACAUUGUUUGAA